AGCUGAAAGUACUUGAGAGACGGCGCAAUUAGUGUACCAAAACAUUCGACGGCGUGCGUUGUUGCCAUCUGGACGGGGCAUCGUAUACGGAACUCUCCACACUGCGUGAUCGUGCGUAUUAGUUUCCCAAAGAUGAGUUCACAGAUAGAAAAUGUCAACCCGAACAUCACCAUCAAAGUGAGUGCAGACUUGGAGCGGAGAUCUCCGGGAAGAAAUGACUCUGAUAAUGGGAACUCACUCACGUUUUCGCCCCAGCAAGUAGCAUGUGUCUGCGAAGCUUUACAGAAGAGCGGAAACACCGACCGGUUAGCUCAAUUCUUGUGGUCCCUGCCACCGAACGAACUUCUACGAGGCAGCGAGAGUGUACUCAGGGCCAGGGCGACCGUGGCGUUCCACCGCGGCAAUUUCAAAGAACUUUACACUAUCAUGGAAAGUCAGAAUUUCGACCAACAUAGUCACAACGAACUACAAAAUCUGUGGUAUAAGGCACACUACAUUGAGGCGGAAAAAAUCCGCGGUCGGCCGCUAGGCGCCGUGGACAAAUACCGCAUUCGUAGGAAGUUCCCUCUCCCAAAAACUAUAUGGGACGGGGAAGAGACAGUGUAUUGCUUUAAAGAGAAAUCGCGCACGGCUUUGAAAGAGUGUUAUAAACAGAAUCGCUACCCUACACCGGACGAAAAGCGAAAUUUGGCAAAAGUCACCGGUUUGACGUUAACCCAAGUCAGCAAUUGGUUCAAAAACCGUCGACAACGAGACAGGGCACCGCCGAUUCUCAAAAGUGAUGAUCUGAUGAUGGAAAAGACGUCGCCACAUUGUAUGAUCAACCGCCAUAUGCACGAUCCACGACACGAUUUACGUUUCUCAGGAGCCCCUACUGCCAAAGUAGUCCACCAUACUGGCGAUAAUAACCACUCAAUGCCGGUUGUCGUGUGCGACACCAAGUAUUUCCACCAUGGACACCAUCAUAUCUACCCGUGUUCGCAAGAUCCCCACUCAGCACAGUCGCAUCACUUGGGUUGUUUGUCGGGGACUGUGUCGACGGCGUGA